AGGUCAUCAAGAGGGUACACAUGCUUGUUGAUAGUGUACAAUAGAAACAAACCAACUGUUUUCACUAGCUCUUCAAUUGUUUUCAUCUUUACUGCCGUUUGAAUAGACCCAUCUCAUCAUCUCGUUUGUGAAAAGACUGGCACAGAAGGGUAAUCAAAAAUGUCUGUUAAAGUAGCUGUGGUUGGAUGUGCACAUGGUGAGCUUGAUGCGAUAUACACAAGGAUAAACACCUUACCAGAUGAUAUGAGACCAGAACUAUUAAUUAUUUGUGGUGAUUUCCAAGCCUUGAGAUCUAAGGCUGAUUUCACAUCCAUAUCUAUGCCCGAGAAGUAUAAGAGACUCGGUGAUUUCCAUCGCUAUUACGAAGGUACAGAGGUCACACCUGUACUUACGAUAUUUAUUGGAGGGAACCAUGAAUGUGGUGAUUUGCUUGCCCAGCUGCCUCAUGGAGGGUGGGUUGCACCAAAGAUCUGGUACAUGGGAACCAAUGGUGUUGUUUGGUAUAAAGGGCUUCGAAUUGGUGGUGUUUCUGGAAUAUUCAAAGCGUUUGAUUUUUACAAGAAAAGAUACGAAACAGCUCCUCUUGAUGGAAAAUCUGUGCGAAGCUUCUAUCAUACAAGAUUCGAAGAUAUCUUCAAGAUGUUUCUGCUGCGUGAUUUGAACAUGAACUGUUUUAUAACGCAUGAUUGGCCCGAGGGCAUAGCCCAUUAUGGGGAUCUUGACAGACUGCUGAGGAGGAAACCCUUUUUAAAAGGAGAUAUAGAGAAGGGCGAGUUGGGAAACCCUUACUACAUGGUACUUUUAAAGCGACUGAUGCCGAAUUGGUGGUUUAGUGCCCAUUUACACGUCAAGUUCGAAGCACUCGUUAAACACGAAACCAAGAGGAAACUCAGUAGUGAUGCCAGAGAGGUUAAGAGGGUGCAUACUAGCAAUGGAAAUGGGAUUGGUCUCCAAGCAAUGAACCAGGACGAGAUUGACUUGGACCUUGGAGAUGAGCAACCAAAAAAUGAAGAUGAAAUCGACUUAGAGCUUGACCAGCAGCCUCAGAACCAGGAUGAGAUAGAUUUAGGACUUGACGAUCAGUUAAACGACAAAGAGGUCGUAUCGGAAGUUGCAGAUGAAGACUUGGAAACCACAACGAGCGAAGACAAGCUCUACGCAAAGGGGUUCUCGCAGACGAAUUUCCUCGCAUUGUCCAAACCGCUACCAAACCAUCCCUUCUUCCAAAUCGUGGAUGUCCCAGUAACAAACAACCACAUCUCCUCAGAAUCAGAUAAGCUGUACUACGACAACGAAUUUCUACAAAUCACCCACUGGUUCGAGCGCUUCAAGAAGACGCAGGGCUACCGGUCCAUGCAAAUGGAUCAGCUCUCGAAACCGAGUGUCCUGGAACAACUGUCCAAAGAGAUCAACAACGCAGGCUUCAAGCUGAAACACGACUUAACCGUGUGGGAUAACUUUGAACCAACUCUGGCAAACCCGGCCGAGCAGACGUCCCAGUUCAUCAAGAGGUUUAUGUAAAACUGCAAGAAACGCCCAUCACAACGACGCACGCUCUCUGCCAC